AUGUUGCGCAGAGAACAGAAGAAGCACAAUGAUCUCAUAGUGACUGACCUCCCAGAAACGUACGACAAUCUCGUAUACGCCUCGAUGGUAUUUCAUCAGCAGUACUGUCCAAAGGCGCAGUUUCUAAUGAAGGUCGACGACGAUGUUGUUGUUCAUUUUGAUCGCAUGAUCGAUCUAUGGAAAAUGGACAAGAAGGCGAACAUGUCGAUUUAUUGCAAAGUUUGGUAUGUAGCCAAACCGCAACGGAAUCCAGAAAAGAAAUGGUAUGUUUGGAUUUUCUUACCAUCAUUUGCACUGAAAUUGAAGGAAAGAAGCCGG